AGCGUCGUAGAGCUGCAUCUCCUUCUCCGGAAGAAGCUGCAGCAGUAACAGCACCGUCGAAGAGCCGAAGCAACAGAAAGGAGGCGCUCAUGAAGAGUGUGGUUCAACAGCCAAGUAAAAGGAACCAGAAGGAUGGACAAGAGCAGGGUGAGGGAGUGCCAUCUGGCAGCGCAGCGGAGCUGAAGAGUAACCCACAUAAAUUAGCUGCCCCUCUUCACCAUGUUCGCGCACGGUGCAGGAGCCAAUUCCUCUCACGAAUGGAUGGUCAGGUGCACGUGGUCUGUGAUCGCCAUGCUCGUCUUGAUGCGUUUCCAUGCCUAUGAUCAGACAACGCGCUUGCCGAUCACGAAUAGUGGCCUUCGUAAAUGUCUCUUGGAAUUAGAGGAGCAGUAGCACCCUUUUCUUGGACGCAAGCUUUCACCCGGAGUAUCUGAGUUAUGACAUUUCAAGCAGUCAUUCCUGUUGCUCCAUUUUUGGUGUUCUACCUCUGCCAACAAAUUUGCAACAGAGAAAACGAUGUAGUUAACACAUUAUCUAGUUUAAGCACUGAGCACAUAAGCGACGUUUGAUAAGAGGCAGAAUAGAACGCGACUUGUUCUAUUUCGGGUUUAGGGUUUAAGCUAAACUUUGAUGAAAUCAGUGGUGCAUCUAUGGAAGAUGGAAGAGGCAGCUAACGCGGUUGAGGUCGACACCUUCGACUACCCGUAUUGUGCAAAUGGUAAGAAAGGGGCUCCUCCCAAGGCCGAGAAGCUAGUGGAGAGUCACAGGGAAGAAAUCAGCAGGGCAGUCUCACAGCAUCCUUGCCACCCGUUGGUUCUCGUUGGGAAAUCAAUGGGUUCAAGAGUGAGUUGCAUGGUAGCAGGAACGGAGGGCACCGACGUGGCUGCGGUGGUGUGUCCAGGCUAUCCCCUCAGGGCAAUUAUCUGCAACACUUCACUUAAAAGCAUGGCUAUUACAUUGUGCUGUAUCAGAAGACAACUGAGGCUAUGUAUGAUUAUCAUUAUCAACUUCCAUCUUCUUGGUUGCUGUUGAGUGAACCCAGCGCUUUCUUUUCCAAGGUUGGAUCUGACAUUGCAUUGAUAGUGGUGUGACUGGGGAAUUUCUCUAAUUUCUUUGCUUUGCAAAGCAUGGCUGAUCGUAUCAUUGAAAUGUGUGAAGCACUACAUACCAAUCUUGAGAAGGUUGGAUUUCACCACAGCUAGAAGUAUAUCAAUAAGCAAGUGAGAUUAUUUAGUGUGGAAUUAUGUCGAACUUCCUUACUUGUGCUUGAAUUCUAUAUGUGCAACAAUUGUGGUAUAUUGUAGAGGUCUUAUGGCCUAUUAAACUCCUUGUGACUUA